UCUAAAUAUACAAUGAGAACGGCAUUUGAUUAAGAUUGAAAUUUCAUUAGUGGUACCCCUCUAUUUCUGCUCGGAUAUAUAAAGGAUCAUCCAGUUCAGAUCUGGGAGCAUUCGUGUGUUUGGUUACUAUUAAAAAAACACAAAAAGAUGAAAGCGGUAAUUUUCUUUUUGCCCCUUCUUGGGUUGGUAAUUGGACAGUCUGAUAGACCGACCGGAGAAUACAAUCGUGCCCAGGACGUCGCCGCCUACAUUGUGAGAUUCUCGAACGAAAAUGACAUUGAAAAGGGGUACAAAUUCGGCUUUGACACAAGUAAUGGUAUCAGUCGCGACGAACAGGGAACUUUGACAAAUGUCGGUACGGAACAUGAAGCUAUGGAAGUCGUGGGUGGCUACCAGUACACAGACCCAUUACAGAGAAAGGUUACCGUAACGUAUACGGCUGGUGUAAAUGGCUUUGUGCCCACAAUUACAUACUCGUAGUGUCCUAUCAUGUUUUUAACUAUUUAUUGAUGAUAAAUAUCAAAUAAAGUCAAUUGUGUUAAUUUUA